GGUGCGGGUGGUGGAGAUGGUGGAGGGGCGAGGGCGGCUCCUCAGGCGGCGGCUCGUCAUAAAGAAGCUGCUUAAGCCUCGCCACAGCCUCUCUGUAGCGCAGGGAGUCCGCCACGUCCAUUCUGGUGCAGAGGGCAGGAUGGAGCCAACGAGCAGGGCUUUCUGGCCUUCUUCCGUAACCUGCCAGAGAAACCCAACACUACUGUGCGAGUGUUUGACCGUGGGGAGUACUACACCGUGCAUGGCCAGGAUGCCCUGCUGGCUGCGCGGGACCUGUUCCGGACACAUGCCGUGGUGAAGCUACUGGGCUCAGGCAGCAACAAGGUGGAGUCAGUGGUGCUGAGUCGCCUCAACUUUGAGUCGUUCAUGAGAGACCUUCUGCUGGUGAAGCACUACAGAGUGGAGGUGUACAAGAGCAAGUCUGCUUCCAAGAAUGAUUGGGAAAUUGAGUACAAAGCUUCUCCGGGCAACCUUUCCCAGCUGGAGGAGGUGCUGUUUGGGGCAAGCACUGACUGCACUGUCACUACUGGAGUGAUGGCGGUCAAAGUGGCGCCCGAUGGCAACCAGAAGGUUGUGGGUGUUGGGUACAUCGAUGUGGCCGGGCAGGAGAUCCGCCUGGCUGAGUUUAAUGACACGGAGGCCUUCUGUAACUUGGAGGCCCUUGUGGUGCAGCUGUCUCCCAGGGAGUGCCUGCUGCCCUCAGGUGACCAUGGUCCCACUGGUGUCAAACUGAAGCAGGUCAUGUCCCGCAACCCCCUGCUGGUGACGGAGAGGAAGCGUGCAGACUUCAACAACAAGGACACUGAGCAGGACCUUGGGCGGCUGCUGAGGAAGAGCAAGGGUGGUGCUGCUGCCUCCCUGGAGCAGGCUGGUACACAUGCCACAGCGGCCCUCACAGCCGUCAUCAAGUACCUUGAGCUGCUGAGUGAUGAAUCCAACUUUGGCCAAUUCUCCCUCAAGCCAUAUGACUUGAGUCAGUACAUGCGCCUGGAUGCUGCAGCAGUGCGAGCCCUCCAUGUGGAGCCUGUGGACGGAGGCAGGGAGGGGGCGGGUGCUCCAGCAGCCAAAACACAUUCCCUCCUUGGCCUCCUGGACAAGUGUCGCACCUCCCUCGGCCACCGCCUCAUGCUGCAGUGGCUGCGACAGCCUCUUGUUGACAUCAAUAAGAUUGAGGAGCGCCUGGAUCUGGUAGAGGCGCUGGUGUCCUCGGUGCAGCUGCGUCACAGUCUCGGUGAGGACCACCUCAAGCAGAUCCCUGACCUGAACCGCCUCACACGCAGACUGACACGCAAGGAAGCCAGCCUGCAAGACUGCUACAGGUUCUACCGGUGUGUGGAGCGGCUGCCAAACCUGUGUGAUGCCGUGGCACGCUAUGAUGGGCCCCACACCACCUCCCUGGCUGCCGUCUUCACCACGCCACUGCAGGAGAUGAUAUCAGACCUGGCCAAGUUCCAGGAGAUGAUUGAGACCACCAUGGAUCUUGAGCAGGCCAACAAGGGGGAGUUUGUAAUCAAGGCUGACUUUGACAACAGCCUGACAGAGCUGCGGGAGACCAUGAACAGCCUGGAGGAGCAGAUACAGGGGCAGGUGAGGAAGGUGGCCAAUGAUUUGUGUUUGGAAGCAGGGAAGAGUCUCAAGCUGGAGUCUACUUCCCAGCUCGGCUACCACUUCCGCAUCACUCUCAAGGAGGAGAAGGUGCUCCGUAACAACAGAAGCUACACGAUCAUUGACACCAACAAGACAGGUGUGAGGUUCAGGAAUGGGGCGCUGCAGGACCUCAACGAGCAGCACCUGGCGGCCAAGGAGGAGUAUGCACUGCAGCAGAAGACCCUGGUGGAGGAGAUCAUUGGCAUUGCUGCUGGUUAUGUUGAGGUGAUCCAGAGUUUGGGGCAAGUGUUGGCGGUGCUGGACUGUACCCAUGCCCUGGCCUCUGCUGCCGUGAGUGCCCCGGUGCCCUACGUACGGCCCCAGCUGCUGGCCAAGGGCUCUGGCGUGCUGAGGCUGGAGGGCAUGAGGCACCCCUGUCUGGAGAUGCAGGAUGAGGUGUCCUUCAUCCCCAAUAAUUGCUCUCUUGGCAACAAGACGGGUCGGUUCCACAUCAUCACGGGGCCAAACAUGGGUGGCAAGAGCACCUUCCUGCGAUCGGUGGGCGUGGCGGUGCUCAUGGCCCAGAUGGGGUCCUUCGUGUCCUGCCAGGAGGCCGAGGUGUCCAUUGUCGACUCCAUCCUGGCCCGUGUUGGUGCUGGGGACAACCAGCAGAGGGGAGUAUCCACCUUUAUGGCUGAGAUGCUGGAAACCUCCACUAUUUUAAGAUCUGCCACUGAAAACUCUCUCAUCCUCAUUGAUGAGCUUGGUCGAGGAACCUCCACCUACGAUGGGUUUGGCCUUGCUUGGGCCCUGUCAGAACACAUAGCCAAGGAGAUCCGGUCCUUCACCCUGUUUGCCACACACUUCCACGAGGUGACGGCGCUGGGCAAGGAGGUGGACAGUGUGAAGAACUUCCAUGUCACUGCCACCACAGCACAUGGCACUCUUACUCUUCUCUACCUGGUGCGGCCUGGCCCAUGUGACCGGAGCUUUGGUAUCCACGUGGCUGAGCUUGCCAACUUCCCAGCCACUGCCAUAGAGUUUGCCAGACAGAAGGCUCGGGAGAUGGAAGAUGACUUUGGGGAUGUGGAAGAUGACUCUGAAGAAGCUGUGAAGAAGAGGAAGCUGCAGAAAGAGGAGGGAGAGAAGGUGAUUGAAGAAUUCCUGACCAAGAUUGGCAAGCUGGACUGUGAUGCCCUGAAUGAUGAGGAGCUGGAGAAGGAGGUUGAGAAGUUACGGGAGGAGGCGCGGUCCCACAACAACCCUUACAUUGCCCACCUCAUGCCCAGAGAGACCUAAACUUGCCCACACCACACCGGAAGAAGAAGCAGCCUGGCUAUUCUUCACAAGAUCUCAGCCAGACCAACAAAGACCAAAUUAUGAAAGGGUAAGGAGGAUUGGAGGUUGGUGCUAUGUUUGGCUUAUGAUAAAGACAGGACAUGUUAUAGGAAAUACCGAAUGAAGCUGACCAAGAGAAUGUUGAAGUCUGUCUUAGGGGUGAUGUGAUGGAGCUUAGUAGAUUGUGAUGAAUAAUAUUAAAAGCAAGAUCAUGUUCCAUGGUUAAGGAUUCAAGACCAGUUUAUCAGCUAUGUUCAUUGUGUUUAUAACUACUAAUGCUGCACACAAUAUAGUUUCCAUGAUUACUACUGAUGUUUUAUAAGUUAUUUUGGUAAUUUAGGAAACCUCCAUGAAAGUUAUCAGUGGUGUGUGGAAUUUUGUGCUUCUUUUGGUUGUUUGUUGUCAGUCAUUUGUCAUUCUCUGCCACUGGUGAAGGUUCCUGCUGCUUAUUGCAUUGUUGAUCCAGUCUGUCAGGUCAUGAAUGUGUACUGCUCCUCAAAGGAACAUCACAACAGCUUUAGAAAUUGAUCUAAAGCCAUGAGAGGGAAUGGCCAGGCAUUAAACCCCUGGCAGAAUGCUCAUGGUGACAUGACUUUUGUGUCACCAGGCAGACCAAGAUGAUCAUAAGGGCCAGGGGAGAGUUAGGUUGGUCUUGACUGUCCUGCCACAGCAGUUGUAACUUAAUACCUGGUGAUGUAUUGCUGCAGCUAUUCAAAGUGUUUGAUGUUUCCUCCUAACUCAAAUUUGAGAACACUCAGUGAUACUGAAUAGAAGACCAGAUUGUUGCAGGGAGACUUGCUGCUUCUGAUGUGGAAAUUGUUGUGUCUUCUCAGAAUGACUGAGGAAAGUGAAAAAGUGAUGGAGCAUUUUGUCAUUCCUACUUUAUCAAUAAGUUUAGCAAAUGUCUAAUGUUUAUAAUAAAAGUACAAAAGUCA